AUGGAGUGUGAAAAUUUCCAACCAAAUUACAUUAAUCCAUAUAUUGAGUAUAGCAACUUAGAGACCACAUUUUCUUGGAAUAAUCCUAGUAUUAUUAACCCUCAAUGUUCAAUCCAAGAUUUUGUAACUAUUGUUAAUGAUGUUGACAUACUAGACUAUUUCCAAAAUGACUUCGAUUUCAUCGAUGGAGAUGUAGACAUCCCCCUUCAAAACACGCAACAAGAAAUUAUUCAGGGAGAUACUGAACUCUCGAGAGAGAGUCAAAAAUCACGUGUAUGCAAUCCACGUCUUGAAUUCCUUCAAGAUCACCUCAUGGAGGAAACAAGUGUAACUGAUCUUCUUCUUAUGGGAGCUGAGGCUAUUGAAGCUAGAAAUCUUGAUCUUGCUUCUAUAGUUGUUUUGAGGCUUAAUACAAUACUUUCUAAUCAAGAAAACAGAGAAAAUUCCCCUGUUGAAAGAUUGGCUUUGUAUUUUACUCAAGCCUUGUUAUGCAAGACCUUGAAUAAUUCAUCACAUGAAUUGUUGAAUCAAAAUCAAUAUCAAUAUCAAUCUGAGUUUACGUCUUCAAUGACCGCGUUCCAAAUGCUUCAAGAAAUCUCCCCUUAUGUUAAGUUUGCUCAUUUCACCGCGAAUCAAGCGAUCCUUGAAGCAACAAAAGGGAGUCAACAAGUUCAUAUAUUGGAUUUUGACAUCAUGGAAGGCAUUCAAUGGCCUCCUUUGAUGGUUGAUUUGGUUGAAAGAGGAAACACAAAUUCUUCUCUAAGGAUCACAUCACUUGUUAGUGAUCAUUCAAACUCAUGUCAUGUACAAAAGACAGGCAAAAGACUUCAAGAAUUUGCUAAUUCUAUCAAUCUUCCUUUCAUGUUUGAUCAAAUCCUCUUAGAGGACUUGGAAAAAAUACAAGUUGUUGUUGAGGGUCAUAACAACUUAAUAGCUAAUGUUAUGAUCCACCAACUUCACAUGCCACAAAGGGGAAGUUCACUAGUCAAGACAUUUUUCAAUGGACUAAGAAAAUUGUCCCCUAAACUUGUUGUCUUAGUUGAAGAAGAGCUCUUCAAUUUAUCAAAAAUCUCAUCUAUGUCAUUUGUUGAGUUCUUUUGUGAGGCUUUACAUCAUUACACAACAAUAUAUGAUUCAAUUCUUGGAGGUUUUGGUGGAGGAUACAAGUUAGCAUUAAGGGUCAUUGAGAAAGAAUUUUUAAGAGUUAGAAUUUUGGACUCAUUAAGACAAUUCCCUAGUGAGAAAUUAGAAAGGGAAAAAUGGAGUAAAGGGCUUUAUUCAUUAAAAGGUUUUAGACAAAUUCCAAUGAGUUCAAGUAAUGUGAGACAAGCUAAGCAUUUGGUGAGUUUGUUUAGUGGAGGGUAUUGGGUGCAAAAUGAACAAAACAAAUUGGCUUUGUGUUGGAAAUCAAGGCCUUUGACAAGUGCUUCCAUUUGGGUUCCUACAUCAUCAAGUUCUAGUCCUUCAAGUUCAAUAUCUUUUUAA